AUGCCGGUCACGAACAGCACGCUGCCUAAGCGCCGACGCUUCCAACCUCCUAUCACAUCCUACUUCUCAACUUCCACAGAGCCACGCUCUUAUGACGUCUCACAUCACCACUAUGCUGCUGCUACCUUUUCGGCCACCCCGGUAGUGCCGGAUAGAGUACAGUCCUCGCUUCUCUCAGUUGGAAUGCGAGUCCGCAAAUCUGUAGCCGAUGGAUACAAGACCCAGAUGUCCAUGCAAGAGCAAAAGAUUGCACCACCAGUUACAAUGGCAGAGACGAGAACCGCUCAAUCAUAUACCACCAACAAUAACUACACCGAGCUUACUCCUUACUCUAAUUUCCCACGAUCGCACGUCGUUCAGACUGAUGAUGGUGAUGCGUAUUCUCUUCCGGGAAGUCAGGAGUCCACGACGUCAGCCGCUUCCAUGCCAAAAUUGAUAAACGGCCAGAAGCGGCGAUUUAAUCGAGAUGAUAUAUUUGCGGACGAGUUCCCUUACCUGGAAGACGAUGAUGUGGACUCUUGGCAAGAUCCUCAUUCGCGAACCAUACUAUCUCCCAUGGGCCAACAAGGACGCCGUAUUAUUCCUCUAUCACGCAAGCCAGGUUUCACUACGCAAAACAUGGAGGUGGAUGGCGACUUUGAAGAGGCUUCUUUCCUUCGUCGGCGGGAAGAGGUUGACCUGGACUACGACAUGGAUUGUGCUUAA